AAAACAGCUGCUGAUUGGGAAGGAACCUGGUUGCCAUCGAGCGGCGGCUGUGGCGACAGGGAAAGAACCUGAUUCAGGAGCCUGCAAGUGAUAGCAGCCCUUGAGAUCCUUAGGCAGCUUGGCCUGGAGGAGAACACAUGAAAGGAAGAACCCCUAGAGGCUUUGUUUUCUGUGAAAAAAUAUUUCUAUACAGUUGCUCCAAUGACAGAGUUACCUGCACCCUUGUCCUACUUCCAGAAUGCACAGAUGUCCGAGGACAACCACCUGAGCAAUACUGUACGUAGCCAGAAUGACAUUAGAGAACGGCAGGAGCACAGUGACAGGAGGACCCUUGGCAACCCUGAGCCAUUAUCUAAUGGACGACCCCAGGGUAACUCACCGCCUGUGGUGGAGCGAGAUGAAGAAGAAGAUGAGGAGCUGACAUUGAAAUAUGGUGCCAAGCAUGUGAUCAUGCUCUUUGUCCCUGUGACUCUCUGCAUGGUGGUAGUUGUGGCUACCAUCAAAUCAGUCAGCUUUUAUACCCGGAAGGAUGGGCAGUUAAUCUAUACCCCAUUCACAGAAGACACCGAGACUGUAGGCCAGAGAGCCCUGCACUCAGUUCUGAAUGCUGCCAUCAUGAUCAGUGUCAUUGUUGUCAUGACUAUCCUCCUGGUGGUUCUAUAUAAAUAUAGGUGCUAUAAGGUCAUUCAUGCCUGGCUUAUUAUAUCAUCUUUAUUGUUGCUGUUCUUUUUUUCAUUCAUUUACCUGGGAGAAGUGUUUAAAACCUAUAACGUUGCUGUGGAUUACAUUACUGUUGCACUGCUGAUCUGGAAUUUUGGUGUGGUGGGAAUGAUUUCCAUACACUGGAAAGAUCCACUUCGACUCCAGCAGGCAUAUCUCAUUAUGAUCAGUGCCCUCAUGGCCCUGGUGUUCAUCAAGUACCUCCCUGAAUGGACUGCAUGGCUUAUCCUGGCUGUAAUCUCAGUAUAUGAUUUAGUGGCCGUUUUGUGUCCAAAAGGUCCACUUCGUAUGCUGGUUGAAACAGCUCAGGAAAGAAAUGAAACUCUUUUUCCAGCUCUCAUUUACUCCUCAACAAUGGUGUGGUUGGUGAACACGGCGGAAGGAGACCCAGAAGCCCAAAAGAGGGUAUCCAGAAGCUCUAAGUAUAAUACAGAAAGUGCAGAAAGGGAAUCACAAGACACUGUUGCAGAGAAUGAUGAUGGUGGCUUCAGUGAAGAGUGGGAAGCCCAGAGGGACAGUCAGCUAGGGCCUCAUCGCUCUACCCCUGAGUCACGAGCAGUUGCCCAGGAAUUUUCCAACAGCAUCCUAGCCGGUGAAGAUCCAGAGGAAAGAGGAGUAAAACUUGGAUUGGGAGAUUUCAUUUUCUACAGUGUUCUUGUUGGUAAAGCUUCAGCAACAGCCAGUGGAGACUGGAACGCAACCAUGGCCUGUUUUGUAGCCAUAUUAAUUGGUUUGUGCCUUAGUUUAUUACUCCUCGCCAUUUUCAAGAAAGCAUUGCCAGCUCUUCCAAUCUCUAUCACCUUUGGGCUUGUUUUCUACUUUGCCACAGAUUAUCUUGUACAGCCCUUUAUGGACCAAUUAGCAUUCCAUCAAUUUUACAUCUAGCACAUUUGCAGUUUGAAUCCCAUGGAUGUUUCCUUUGACUAUAAUAAAACCUGGAGAGGACAAAGGUGAUUUUCCUGUGUCCACAUCUAACAAAGUCAAGAUUCCCAGCUGGACUUUUGCAGCUUCCUUCCAAGUUUUCCUGACCACCUGCAGUAUUGGACAUUGGAAGGAGGUGUCUUUAGAAAAUGGUUUUGAACAUUCGUCAUCAUGGUGGACUGUGUCCCUCGUGCAAGGCUAUCAGAUUCGAGGGACAAGGACAAGGAAAUGUGAUGGGCCAAGAAGUUGCUGUGCGCCCUCAACAGUCUGACCCUUGGUCACAGGGAGAUUUUACCAACACUGGAGACUCUCAGGACUACCAUUACCAAGCGGUUAAAUGAAGUGAUUUAAACCAAACAGAACUCUUCAUCUUAAACUACAUGUUGAAAUCAACCCAAUAAAUCUGUAUUAAUUGAAUUCUGAACCUUGCAGGAAGUGCUGCAAGGCACCAACAUCAAAAUGGAGAGGUGGAAAGGGGCUCAAGUUUUCACUUCCAGACUUUUCUGCCGCAGAUUUAUUAUUUUUAAAUAAGAAAUUUCUCCCCACUUUGAGUCAAGUCAGGUCUGUAGGUUGAUUUUGACCAUUUUUGCUCUCAAGAACUGAAACCCAUUAUUGUCUCUAGGAACCAUUUUUUCCCAUGGCCAGCCUGAUCUUGUCUGAAGUUGCUUUAUUCUAGAAAUAUUAACUGCAGUUUCCAAAUUCAGUAAUUUCUGAAAAUAAUGGAACUGUUGCUCAGUAGUUCCCUAUCAUCCUUAAGUAAAUUCUGGAUUUUCCACCAAAUUCUUAACUUUUAGAUAUACGUGUAGGUUCACUUGCGCCACAAUGCCUCUUCUGUCACUGUCCUUCCCUUCCUUCCCACACGAGCAGUCCUCUCCCACAGCAAGUAAGGCAGCUCUGUCAUAGUAGCAGAUGAUCCUGGUAUUGUAGGGCUUUAUUCUCUGUAUGAUGCAAAGAAUACGUUAUGAAUCAGUGCUGUCAGCCUUGCUGUCAUAACUUUCUUCCAUAGCAGAUAGAAUGUGUGCCCAAAGACAGAAUUAAAGAAGAGUAAAGUGGU